UCUCAGGCAGUGACUACCAGACAGCAGAACCCAUAGUUCCAACAGAUACUUCAGUUCCAACAAGGGGCAACACUCCCUAGGACAAUGCACCUAGUGCUGCUGUUUGCUGCUCUCUGCGGCUCAUGUCUGGCCUUUCCCACUCAAAAACCAAAUGAGACACCAAUAGAGCCAACUGAGAGGAACCAAGCCACGGCUGGGGAAGAAAACAAGAGCAUGUUUGACAGACUCUAUGAGGUCAACAAAGAUGCAUUGCCUUUCACUGGAAAAUACAUUGUCAGCAAUCUGGAUAUUGCCUUGAAAUUGGGGAAAAGUGCCAACACUUGCCCCAAGGGAAUCUGCCUGUGGCCUAAAUCUUCGGAUGGACUUGUGCGGAUCCCCUAUGUUAUUUCCAGUGAUUACUCAUCGUAUUCAAAUGCCCUGUUUCAAGCAUCUUUCAAAGGCUUUGCCGAUACAACUUGCAUUCGUCUUGUGCCGCGCACAUCAGAAACCGACUACUUAAGCUUUGAGUCUUUAAAUGGGUGCUGGUCGCCAAUUGGCAGAACUGGGGGAGCACAGACAGUCUCCGUGCAACAGUCUGGGUGCAUGUGGACAUCGAUCAUUGAACAUGAAAUCAUCCAUUCCCUCGGGCUACACCACGAGCAUGUCAGGAGUGACCGCGAUAAAUACGUCAGCGUUCAGUGGAACAACAUCUCGCCUGGAAAUACAGGGAAUUUCCAGAUGACUGAUACCAACAACAUGAAUCUGACAAAGUAUGAUUAUAAUUCGCUCAUGCAUUACUCAAGCACUGCAUUCUCAAUCAAUGGCAACCUCCCGACCCUCAUUGCUGUACCCGACUCAAGUGUUUCAUUUGGAAAUGCAUUUAUGAUGAGUGAUCUGGACAUCAAGAAACUCAAUACUCUCUAUAAAUGUGAACAGCCGAAACCAAAUGUGAUUUCUCAACUGAAGCAGAUCCUCACCACAACAGCCAGACCAACCACCACUACUCCCAGAGCUACCACUCCAAAGACCACAACUACCACCACCAGUACUACUCCAGCAACAACUACUAUGAAACCCACCACUACUACCCAAUCUACCACUACAGUUACUACUACAACCAAGAAUGGUUGUGGGGGAAUGCUGAGCGGACCAUCAGGUGUCAUCACCUCCCCUAACUACCCUAAUAAUUACCCCAAAAAUUCAUACUGUCACUGGAACAUCACCACCACCUCAAAGUUUAAAAUCACAUUUACAGACAUGGAUGUGGAAUACGUGCAAUACUGCAUAUGGGACAGCGUCAAGGUGUACAAUGGUCCAACCAUAAAUGAAGCGGUUCUUGCUGGAACUUUCUGUGGUAGCGAGCUACCCUCACCGAUCACAUCCUACCAGACAUCCAUGCAGAUUGUGUUUAUCAGUGAUGAAAUUGUACAGCAGAAAGGAUUCAGCCUGCAGUACCAAACAGUGUAAAAACACACAGAGAAGGUUAUGAGAUGAUACAAACCACCCAGGCGCUACCAAAAUCAGGCUUGCUGUCAUUCGUGGGAGACUCACGUGGUUCCAUUCGGUGGUGGCCAUAAGCAUUGAUGGAUAUCGCUAUGUUAAAGUCAAACCUUUGACAACACAAUUUUUAUUUAUUAAAUUAAAAUAUGAAAAGGAACUUCUACCCAAAAACUGACAGAUACUGAUUUCAAUAGCAAUAUAGCAAUUCCAUUUACAAUUAAUUUUUUUAAACUAAAAAAUUAAAAAAAUUUUUAUUAGGCCAAAAAAAAAAAACGUUUUUGGAUGGAGUUCCCCUUUAACAGUGACCAGCUUGUGUUAUGCUGUAAGAUACUAGUCCAGCACCAGUAUUAAUGAGUACAAAUAACACAUUAUUAAUGCAUUUUGAUGGCUCUAUGAGCUUUAUAAACCAACCCCAUUCUCAAGCAAACUGUAAAACAAUGCUAUUGUAAAUAAAUUCAAAAUACCUUAAACUAAACUGAA